AUAUCUAUCGACAUGAGUGUCGGAAUCUUACAAAUAAUAUAUGUUCUAUAAAAGAAGAUCCAUGAUCCAUGGAUGGACGAACUUAAUUCAAUCCAUCUCCUAUUAGUUCAAAACAAAGAAAUUAAGAUUCUCUCCUCUCAUCUGGGAUGUUGUUGCUAGCUUUUACUUUGCCUCGUCAACACGCAAAGCGAUGUGCGCCCGGCUUUAAGAUUCUCUUCUCUGAUCUGGCGUGUUAUAUUCUCUCUCUUUCCAUUCGCCAAUCUCCAUCCACCGGGAGAGCCAUGGAGGGACGCGGAGGGUUCCAUUUCCCCCUCGUUGUGGCAGCGGCGUGCCUCCUCCUCCUCCUCCCUCCGCCUGCCCACGCCAACCCUGAAGCCGUCGAGUACUGCGAUAAGAAAGCCGACUAUGCUGUCAAGGUCACGGGGGUAGAGAUUACUCCCGACCCGGUUGUGCGAGGCAAGCCAGCUACAUUCAGAAUCUCAGCAACUACCGGAGUUUCCAUAUCCAAGGGGAAAUUGGUUCUUGAUGUCAAAUACUUGGGGAUGCAUAUUCACAAAGAGACUCGUGACCUUUGCAAAGAGACAUCUUGCCCAGUAUCAAUUGGUGAUUUCAUGUUAUCCCAUGACGAGAUACUUCCAUCAUACGCUCCACCAGGCUCUUACACACUUAUCAUGAGGAUGGUUGGAGAGAAUGGUAGCCAGUUGACAUGCAUCAACUUUGAUUUUAGUAUUGGAUUCAUGUCCCAAGUUGCUGAUAACUGAACGAGGAAAGAUGAACCAUCAAAUGUGUUUUGGCCUUAGGCAUAUGUAUGUACAUGUUGCACCAUGGGCAUGGUCCUGCUUUUAGGUUUUGUUACAAGUCAGCUGUAUCAAGGCUAAGUACUUCACCAUUCGAUAAUGAUGAGAAAUAUGAUUGUCCUUGCAAAUCCUUGGAUGGUUA